AGAGCAGACCAAACAGUGACUUUCCUGAUUCGGCUGCAGCACUUGACUUGCUCUUCCUGCAAGGCGGAAAGUUGAGGCAGAGCAAGCCUUCCCAACAAACAGCCUUUGCGAGGAAGCAUCAGUUUCCCAGAAAGCGGCCAUGUCUGAUGCGGAGAAGUUCCUUUAUGGCGACCGCAGUGCGGUCAGCGACCCCCUGGUGCAGGCUGACUGGGCCUCCAAGAAGUUGGUGUGGGUGCCGUCAGAGAAGCACGGCUUCGAGGCAGGCUCUGUUAAAGAGGAGAAAGGGGACGAGUGCCUCGUGGAGCUUUCUGACUCUGGCAAAAAGAUCAAGGUAAACAAGGAUGACAUCCAGAAGAUGAACCCUCCCAAGUUCAGCAAGGUCGAGGACAUGGCUGAACUCACCUGUUUAAAUGAAGCCUCGGUACUGCACAACCUGAAGGACAGAUACUACUCUGGCCUAAUCUAUACAUAUUCAGGGCUCUUCUGUGUGGUCAUCAACCCCUAUAAGCACCUACCCAUUUACUCAGAGGAGAUCGUAGAGAUGUACAAGGGCAAGAAGAGACAUGAGAUGCCCCCACACAUCUAUGCCAUCACAGACACUGCCUACAGGAGCAUGAUGCAGGAUCGUGAGGAUCAAUCCAUCCUGUGCACUGGGGAGUCUGGAGCAGGUAAAACUGAGAACACAAAGAAAGUUAUCCAGUACCUGGCACAUGUUGCGUCCUCCUCAAAGACUAAGAGAGACCCAAGCAGCAGUAGCCUGACCCAUGGGGAGCUAGAGAGACAACUGUUGCAGGCCAACCCCAUUCUAGAGGCCUUUGGCAAUGCCAAGACGGUGAAGAAUGACAACUCCUCACGUUUUGGAAAGUUCAUCAGGAUCAACUUUGAUGUCAGUGGCUACAUUGUUGGAGCAAACAUUGAAACUUACCUGCUGGAAAAAUCCCGUGCUAUCCGACAGGCUAAAGAGGAGAGGGCCUUCCACGUCUUCUACUACCUGCUUUCGGGGGCUGGCGACACACUGCGCUCUGAGCUGUGUCUGGAGGACUUUAGCAAAUAUCGUUUCCUGUCCAAUGGUAAGGUGACCAUCCCAGGGCAGCAGGACCGGGACAUUUAUGGUGAAACCAUGGAUGCCUUCAGGAUAAUGAGCAUUCCUGAUGAUGAGCAGACAGGGAUGCUGAAGGUAGUCUCUGCAGUUCUGCAGCUGGGAAACAUGAGCUUUAAGAAGGAGCGCAACUCUGACCAGGCAUCUAUGCCUGAUGACACAGCGGCACAAAAAGUGUCCCACCUUCUGGGCAUGAAUGUGACUGACUUCACGCGGGCCAUCUUGUCGCCACGGAUCAAAGUGGGGCGGGACUGUGUGCAGAAGGCUCAGACACAAGAGCAGGCAGAGUUUGCGGUGGAGGCACUGGCCAAAGCCACCUACGAACGCCUCUUCCGCUGGCUGGUCACGCGCAUCAACAAAGCUCUGGACCGGACCAAACGGCAGGGGGCCUCCUUCAUCGGCAUCCUGGACAUCGCUGGCUUUGAGAUCUUCGAGUUGAACUCCUUUGAGCAGCUGUGCAUCAACUACACCAACGAGAAGCUCCAGCAGCUCUUCAACCACACCAUGUUCAUUUUAGAGCAGGAGGAGUACCAGCGCGAGGGCAUCGAGUGGAGCUUCAUUGACUUUGGCCUCGACCUGCAGCCCUGUAUCGACCUCAUUGAGAAACCGGCAGCGCCUCCAGGUAUCCUGGCCCUGCUGGAUGAAGAGUGCUGGUUCCCCAAAGCCACAGAUAAAAGCUUUGUGGAGAAAGUUGUUCAAGAACAGGGCAACCACCCCAAAUUCCAGAAAGCCAAGAAACUCAAAGAUGAUUCAGACUUCAGCAUUAUUCACUAUGCUGGCAAGGUUGACUACAAAGCAGAUGAGUGGCUGAUGAAGAACAUGGACCCUCUGAACGACAAUGUGACAAAUUUGCUCAACCAGUCAUCUGACAAAUUUGUAUCUGAGCUCUGGAAAGAUGUUGACAGAAUUGUGGGAUUGGAUAAAGUGGCAGGAAUGGCAGACACUGCCCAUGGAGCAUUUAAAACCCGUAAGGGAAUGUUCCGGACUGUAGGGCAGCUCUAUAAAGAGCAGCUGAGCAACCUAAUGACAACGCUCCGAAACACCAACCCCAACUUCGUCCGCUGCAUUAUUCCCAACCAUGAGAAGAAGGCUGGGAAACUUGAACCCCAUCUAGUUCUGGACCAGCUGAGGUGUAACGGAGUUCUAGAAGGAAUCAGAAUCUGCAGACAGGGUUUCCCCAACCGCAUUGUCUUCCAGGAGUUCAGACAGAGGUAUGAACUGCUCACCCCCAAUGCAAUUCCCAAGGGCUUCAUGGAUGGCAAGCAGGCUUGUGUUCUAAUGAUCAAAGCUCUGGAACUGGACUCUAACCUGUACCGGAUUGGCCAAAGCAAAGUAUUCUUCCGGGCUGGAGUCCUGGCUCAUCUUGAGGAGGAGCGUGACAUUAAGAUCACAGAUGUAAUCCUCAAAUUCCAGGCCUGGUGUCGUGGCUAUGUUGCUAGGAGGGCAUUUGCCAAGCGCCAGCAGCAGUUGACUGCUAUGAAGGUCAUCCAGAGGAACUGUGCUGCCUACCUCAAGCUCAGGAACUGGCAGUGGUGGAGGCUCUUCACCAAGGUGAAGCCUCUACUGCAGGUGACCAGACAGGAGGAGGAGAUGCAGGCUAAAGAUGAGGAGCUGGAGAAGGUGAAGGAGAAACAGCAGCAGGUGGAGCAGCAGCUACAGGAGUAUGAGACCAAGCACCAACAGCUGAAUGCAGAGAAGGUGGCCCUGCAGGAGCAGCUGCAGGCAGAGACAGAGCUGUGUGCAGAGGCAGAGGAGAUGAGGGCUCGUCUGGCUGCCCGGCAGCAGGAGCUGGAGGACAUCCUGCACGACCUUGAGUCCCGUGUGGAGGAGGAGGAGGAGCGUGUAACCCACCUACAGGCUGAGAAGAAAAAGAUGCAGCAGAACAUCACAGAUCUGGAGCAGCAGCUAGAUGAGGAGGAAGGUGCCCGGCAGAAGCUGCAGCUGGAAAAGGUCACGAUGGAUGCCAAGCUGAAGAAGCUGGAUGAGGACCUCAUGGUGCUGGAAGACCAGAAUGCCAAACUCGGCAAGGAGAAGAAACAGCUUGAGGAGAGGAUUUCUGAGUUCAGCUCAAACCUAACCGAGGAGGAGGAGAAAUCCAAGAGUCUGCAGAAACUGAAAAACAAACAUGAGGCCAUGAUCACAGACCUUGAGGAGCGUCUGCGUCGUGAGGAAAAGACUCGGCAAGAGCUGGAGAAGAACCGACGGAAGCUGGAGAGUGACUCCACAGAGCUCCAUGACCAGAUCGCUGACCUGCAGGCUCAGAUCGCAGAACUCCGUGCUCAGCUUGCCAAGAAGGAGGAGGAGCUACAGGCUGCACUGACUAGACUGGAGCAGGAGGUUUCACUGAAGAACGCUGCGCAGAAGAGGGUGCGGGAGCUUGAGGCGCAGUUGACGGAGCUGCAGGAGGAUCUGGAGCUGGAAAAAGCAGCUCGGAGCAAAGCAGAGAAACAGCGACGCGACCUGAGCGAGGAGCUGGAGGCCCUGAAGACAGAAUUGGAGGAUACACUAGACUCUACCGCUGCCCAGCAGGAGCUCAGAGCAAAGAGGGAAUCAGAGGUGGCACAGCUGAAGAAGACUCUGGAGGAUGAAGCUCAAGCGCACGAACAGCUUCUCACUGAAAUGCGGCAGAAACACACGCAGGCCUUUGAGGAGCUAAAUGAACAACUUGAGCAGGCCAAGAGGAACAAGGCGUCUGUGGAGAAGACCAAGCAAGCUCUGGAGAGUGAACGCAAUGAGCUGCAGAUCGAGCUGCAGUCCGUCUCCCAGAGCAAGAAUGAUUCGGAGCACCGCCGGAAAAAAGCAGAGGCCCAACUGCAGGAAGUGCAGCUCAAAUGCAGCGAGGGCGAGCGGCAGAAGAAGGAGCUCGCCGAUAAAGUGACCAAGUUGCAGUCGGAGUUGGAGAGUUUGAGUAGCACACUUGCUGAGGUGGAGAGCAAGUCCAUCAAAGUGGCCAAAGACUGGUCCUCCGUUGAGUCUCAGCUUCAGGAUACACAGGGCCUGCUACAAGAGGAGACACGGCAGAAGCUUGCAAUCUCCACCCGCCUCCGUCAGCUAGAGGAUGACCAGAACCGACUGAAGGAGCUGCUGGAGGAGGAAGAGGAGAGCAAGAAGAGUGUGGAGAAACAGCUCCAUUCUGUUCAGACACAGUUAACGGACAUGAGGAAGAAGGCGGAGCAAGAGGCAGCAACUCUGGAGAGCUCUGAGGAGGGGAAGAGGAAGUUGCAGAGGGAGGUAGAGAGCAUGGCCCAGCAGCUGGAGGAGAGAAAUUCUGCCUACGAUAAAUUGGAGAAGACGAAGAGCCGUCUGCAGCGUGAACUGGACGACGUGCUGGUGGGCCAGGAUCAGCUUCGCCAGGUCGUCCAGGAGCUGGAGAGGAAACAGAAGAAGUUUGACCAGAUGCUAGCAGAGGAGAAGUCUGUGUCCACGCGUUACGCUGAGGAGCGGGACCGUGCUGAAGCAGAGGCUCGGGAGAAGGAGACGAAGGCUCUGACUCUUGCCCGGGAGCUCGAGGCCCUUGCAGACCAGCGGAGCGAACUGGACCGAGCCAACAAGCUACUGAGAGCAGAGAUGGAAGACUUGGUCUCCUCCAAGGACGAUGUUGGCAAGAGCGUGCAUGAGCUGGAGCGGGCAAAGCGAACACUGGAACAGCAGGUCGAAGAGAUGAAGACCCAGCUGGAGGAGCUGGAGGAUGAGCUGCAGCUGACGGAGGAUGCAAAGCUGCGUCUGGAGGUGAACCUUCAGGCUCUCAAAGCCCAGUUCGAACGUGACCUGCAGGGCCGAGAUGAGCAGGGAGAGGAGAAGAGGAAGCAGCUGGUCAAGCAGGUGCGUGAGAUGGAGGUGGAGCUGGAGGACGAGCGGAAGCAGAGGGCCCAGGCUGUGUCUGUGAGGAAGAAGCUUGAGCUGGACCUAUCAGACAUGGAAGCCCAGAUUGACCUGGCUAACAAGGCCCGUGAUGAAGCUCUCAGACAGCUUAAAAAACUACAGGCACAGCUCAAAGACCAGCUGAGGGAGCUGGAUGAUGCCCGUUUGGCAAGGGACUCUGCAGUGAAUGAGGCCAAGGAGAGUGAGCGCAAACUCAAGAGCCUAGAGGCUGAGAACAUGCAGCUGCAUGAGGACGUGGCAUCUGCCGAACGUGCCAAGAAACAGGCGCAACAUGAAAGGGACGACCUGCAGGAUGAGCUGAACAGCCACAACUCUAAGAUGGCUCUGAUGAGUGAGGAGAAGAGGAAGUUGGAGGCUCGUAUUGCUCAGCUGGAGGAGGAGCUGGAGGAGGAGCAGAGCAAUGUAGAACUGGCCAAUGACAAAGUGAAGAAGGCCACAAUGCAGGCUGAGCAGGCAACCACAGAGCUUGCAGCUGAGCGCAGUAACAGCCAACGCCUGGAGGGGGUGCGCUCACAACUCGACCGCCAGAACAAGGAUCUGAAGGCCAAACUGCAGGAGAUGGAGGGCUCUAUGAAGAGCAAGUACAAGUCCACCAUCGCUGCCAUGGAGGCCAAGAUCCUGCAGCUAGAAGAGCAGCUGGACAAUGAGAACAAGGAGAAGCAGCAGUCUGCAAAACUGGUGCGGCGCACCGAGAAGCGACUGAAGGAGGUUCUUCUGCAGGUGGAGGAUGAAAGACGCAAUGGUGAGCAGUUCAAAGACCAGAUGGAGAAGGCUAAUGUGCGUAUGAAGCAGCUGAAGAGGCAGUUGGAGGAGGCGGAGGAGGAGGCAACGCGUGUCAACGCCUCCCGCAGGAAGCUGCAGAGGGAGCUGGAGGAUGCUACUGAGUCAGCUGAUGCCAUGAACCGUGAGGUCAGCAGCCUGAAGAGCAAACUCAGGCGCGGUGGGGAUUUCUCUCUGAAUGUACGUCGUGGCGUUGUGGCCCAUGGCGGUGUGGAGAGUGAAGAGGAAACGGACGUGACGAGUGAAACCUUGGACCCAACACCAGAGAGGCCCUAAGUCUACCUUCUGCCAGCAGCUAGUGGGCUCUCCAGUUGGACUGUUGCAUCUGACCUGGAUCUUUCUGCCCAUUUUUCUUAGUCUAGAUCACCUGUGAAACGUGUUGGUACUCGCGGACUACAAAUCAAUGAACCUCUCAGUAUUAAGCAUAAGCCAUCUGGUUUCUAAGUCUUCAGCCUUCACCCACUAAUAAAUUUACUAGCUUUUAAGGAACAGUUAGCAUGUUGGUGGUGAAGUUUACACAACAUAUUUAAAUCCAAAGUCCUUUACCCCACUCAGAGUGAAAUUGGUGUUUGAUGGGAGAUUAGCAAAUUAUUUUAAUGCACUUUCUCUUGCCAACUUUUGUACCUUUUGGUUAAAACAGGGCAGGUCUAAUGUGUUUGUCAAGUGGAAACUAAUGGCUCUUGUAUACUCACCAGCCUUCUCCUGGUCUGUGCUCCCAGUCUUCUGAAAGAUUAAAUGCAGACAAUGUCUAACUGA